AGAACUGGACUGGUUCUUCUGCUGGACUCUUCUAACUGGACUUUCCUCGGCAGAGGUGAACUGAACCUGGACCUGGGGGGUCUACCAGUCCGUUCCGAACCCGCAGAAGUAGAACUGAACCGUAAAAACCCGCCCUCCGCCGUCAGAACUACUUCACAGCUGGUUUUGGUUUUUUUCUUUGGGUCGGAUCUGAUCCAUCACCAUGUCGGUCCAAACGAGCCGAAAGUCCACCACCACCACCUACCGGACCAUGAACACGGCCUCUGCAGAACCGGGGUCCACCACCACCUACCGGACCGUCAAGGUGGCCUCCUCCCCGGACCCGGUGCCCGCCACCUACCGGACCCUGAGAGUGGUGUCUCCGGAUCCGGUUCCGAAGACGGCCACCUACCGGACCGUCAGCGUGGCCUCCCCGGACCCGGUGGCCAACGCGGUGAUCUCCGCCGCUCCCGUGUCCCCGAUGCCGUACGCGGUGAACGGCUCUUAUGAGGGCUUCCGGUACCUGGUGCCGGUGCAGACGGCCGUGCAGCAGCCGUCCUACGUGAUGAUGCAGCAGCCCGUGAUGCAGCAGAUGGUGUCCCCGGUGUACCUGCACAGCAUGGCCCCCCAGCUGAGCGUCAGCAGCCACGACUCAGACCUCAUGUACCGGCGACAGAGCACCGCAGAGAGCAUCAGUGGGAAGUCUUCGUCAGUGUUCAGCCAGUCGUCCAGUCCUAUCAAGAGUCCUGAGCUCAGUGUAGAGGAGGAGGUAAGGACACACUCACACACACUGAACUACCACCUGAACCUGCUGCUGGAAUAG